AUGACCAAGCUUAGCAUUAAAAACGUGGAUGUGAAAGGUAAACGCGUGCUUAUUCGUGUGGAUUUUAACGUCCCAUUUGCACAGGACGGGUCCAUUUCCAAUACGCAGCGCAUUGACGCUGCGCUGCCCACUGUGCAGUACGUGCUGGAUCAAGGUGCUAAGUCUAUCGUGCUUAUGUCACACUUGGGCCGUCCUGAAGGCAGACCGAAAGACAAGGAAUCACUUGCCUCUGUGUCUGAGGUCCUUGAAAAGAAAUUAAGCCGUAAGGUCAUUUUUCUGAAGGAUUGUGUUGGCGCUGAAGUUGAAGCUGCUUGCGCUGAUCCCGUUGAAGGUACAGUGAUUCUUCUUGAGAAUCUUCGCUUUCAUGCAGAAGAGGAAGGGAAAGGAAAAGAUGACAAGGGUAAUACGAUAAAGGCAUCACCUGAAGCUGUUGCCGCCUUUCGUGCUUCGCUCAGUAAGCUGGGUGAUGUGUACGUUAAUGACGCUUUUGGCACGGCCCACCGCGCACACAGCUCUAUGGUGGGCGUGAAUCUUCCCGUUAAGGCCGCUGGUUUUCUUCUGGACAAAGAGCUUGUGUACUUUGCAAAAGCUUUGGAUACGCCACAACGCCCAUUUGUAUCGAUUCUAGGCGGUGCAAAGGUCGCCGACAAGAUUCAGUUGAUUAUGAACAUGCUUGACAAGGUCGACGAGAUGGUCAUUGGUGGUGGUAUGGCCUACACCUUCAAGAAGGUGCUUAACAACAUGGAGAUAGCCAGCUCGCUAUACGAUGCGGAGGGCGCUAAGAUUGUGCCGCAGAUUAUCGAGAAAGCGAAAGUCAAGGGCGUGACGUUGCACCUGCCUGUGGACUUUGUCGCCGCCGAAAAGUUUGCGGCAAAAGCUGCCAAUAAAAUUGUCACUGAAGACGAGGGUAUCCCUGCUGGCUGGAUGGGUCUGGACAUUGGUCCCAAGUCGAGCGAGGCCUUUUCCAUCACCAUUAGUAAGGCCAAGACCGUCGUCUGGAACGGCCCCAUGGGCGUGUUCGAGUUUGACGCUUUUACCAACGGAACGAAGAGCGUCAUGAUUGCUGUCGUUAAGGCCACAGAGUUGGGUGCCACCACCAUCAUUGGUGGUGGUGACACGGCAACGUGCUGCGUGAAGUACAACACGGAGAACAAGGUCAGCCACGUGAGCACAGGUGGCGGUGCCAGUCUGGAGCUUUUGGAGGGCAAGGUGCUGCCUGGUGUAGACGCUUUGUCGCCGGCGUGA